AUGACUGAUAAUAGCAUGCGAAAAGUCAUCAGAGGAGUGGUUGUUGACCACAGAUUACCAACAGGAAAGGGUUCUGUGUUGUCAAGACCUAUCCUAGAUAAGCUUAAAUGGGCUGAAUUUUAUGCACUAUUUAAGCACAGAUCAGUAACUCAUCCUUACUACACUUUCCCAGCAUUUUUAGGAAUCAGCUUGGUCGCAACUUAUGCCUUAGGAAUGGUUUACAAAUCAUAUGUACUUGGGUAUUCGAACAGAUCUUUGGACUUUAACAAGAUCCAAACAAGACAAUGCCUUUGGGGUUUGCAGGUUCAAUUCAACGAGAAUCCAUACAAUUUAUGGAACAAUUCAGGCAACUGCUGGAGCACCGAUCCUUACUGCGGACUUGACGAAAUGCCCAAGAGGCCAUGGGAAGUGCUUAAGGAUCCAGAAAAAGCUUUCUACAAAUUGAAGAGAGAUGUUAAUAAGCACCCUAAGAGAGAUUAAAAAAUG